UCUCUCCCCAUCAUCAUCCACAACUCCACAAGGGCAAAAGCACAAGAGAAAAGAGGAUCGAGAGCGAGAGACAAGCACGCAGCGCAAGCAAGGAAGCAUGGCCUCCCGCUACGAGGUUGAGGUCACGGUGGGCUCCGCGCGCGACCUCAAGAACGUCAACUGGCGCAACGGCGACCUCAAGCCCUACGCCGUCCUCUGGGUCGACGACGGGCCCAAGGUCUCCACCCGCGUCGACCUCGACAACGGCGACAACCCCGUCUGGGACGACAAGCUCCUCGUCCCGCUCCCGCCCUCCGCCACCCGCCUCGAGGACGCCGUCCUCUACAUCGACGUCGUCCACGCCAACGCCGCCGAGGGCGUCAAGCCGCUCGUCGGAUCCGCGCGCCUACCGCUCCGCGACGUCCUCGACGACGCCGGCCUCGGGGGAAAAGCCUCGCGCUCGCUCCGCCUCAAGCGUCCCUCGGGCCGCCCGCAUGGACGCCUCGACGUCCGCGUCGCCGUCCGCGAGGCCGCGCGGUACUACCCCACCCCGUACCCGGCGCCCUACGGCAACCCCGCCGGCGGCUCGCGCGAUCCCUACUACGCGGCCCCGCCGCCCUACGCCCCUGCCGCCGCCGGGUACGGCCAGCCGGCGUACGCUGCGCCGCCGUCCGGGUACCCUGCCGCUGCUGCGGACGCCUAUGGCUACGGAGGAGGCGCUGCGCCGGCGUACGGCGCUGCUCCGGCUGUGGGCGCCGCUGCUCCUCAGAAGGGCACUGGGAAGAUGGGGAUGGGGACGGGGCUGGCGGUGGGUGCGGCGGCGGGGGUGCUGGGCGGGCUGGCGCUGGCGGGAGGGGCGAGCUACCUCGAGGACAAGUUCGAGGAGAGAGUGGCGGAGCGGGUGGAGGACCAAGAGGAAGCCUACGGCGGCGGAGGGUACGACGACGACUACUAGGAUCAAGUCCAGUCGGGACUGAAUAAUCAAGAUUGUGAUUUCCUUGUUUAUUUGGCAACAUUAAUUUCCGGUUGAGUAAUCUCGUGCUGCUUUCUGUUCUGGAGCUGCACUUUCCUAAAUAAUCUCGUGUUUGAGGCAUUCAAA